GAUGCAUUGUCGUGCACAUCCUGUCGGUAUCAAUGGGGCUCCGGUUCCCCCUACACCCAUUCCUUCGGGAAUACCUUCGGUACGUGGGUUUGGUCCCCUGCCAAUUGACGCCCAAUAGCCACUGCUACGUGGCGGGCUUUCUGAACCUCUGCCGGGCCCGAGGGGUGACCCCCAGCCUGGACUUGUUUUUCCAGAGCUUCAACCUCUGCCAAGGGGGUCACGUGAAUGCCGAGGGCUUCGCCAAUCUGCAGCACAUAGCUAGGUGGAAGCUAUUUACAGAGGCGCCUUCGUCCAAUAAAGGCUGGAAGGAGCGGUGGUGCUAUGUCAGGGUUGCAGAGAGCCCAUUCCCGAGGGAACUUCGGGAUCGCUUCCGUCGGCAUCCAAAGGUUGGCAAUGCUGCUCUCGAGAAGGAUGGCUUGAUAAUAGCUAAGAUCCCGGAGGGUCGCACGAAACAAGUGUCCAUUAAAGAUUACACUGCUGACAAGGAACUAUUCUCCCUCAGCUUCCGCAGAUAUCGCUUCCUCGGUGAGACAGACGAGAAGUAUCCAGUGUUGGACAAGGCCCUCGAGGGAGCAGGAGGUGUGAACAUGGACGCCGGGAAGCUCUUUGCUUUGAAGAAAAAGAAGGGCAAGGCCCAAGCACAAAAGAAAGACCCCUCGGUCCAGCAACCUGUAGAGGCUUUCUUUCAGAAGGAGACCCCGGAGCCCUCUGCUGCGGAGGUAGUUACUGAUGUGGCCGAGGGGGCCACAAAAAAAGAAAAAGGACAGCAAAGCAGUCGAGCCCCCUGCUAAGAAGCAGAGGGGUAUCGGGGGCACUAUCGGCCAGGAUGCCCCCUUGGUGAUCAUAGAGGAUCGCCCUUCUCCCGAUCCCCCGGCUGAUGCGGCGGCGACAACUUGGACCGAUCUUCCCUUGGGAAGCCACCCCCGGGAAAUUCUGCAGCUCUCCUUGGCCCCGGGGGCUUCUGUGCUACAUGGCUCAGCAGAGCCGAAGGCCUUCCUGAGGGGGAUCACCUCGGCAAUGGACAAGGCUGCCCUCUCAACUUACGAUGAUGCGGCCCUUGAGAACAAGAUCCUUCGAUCUUCGUUAGCUGCUUGUGUAGCCCUCGGGGAGCACGCACAGAGGCUCGAGCAAUGGUGCCUCCAGAAAGCGGAGCAGGAUCGGGAGAUGAGGGAGCUUAUCUUGAAGAAUUCUAACGCUGUGAAGCAGAUGGCCUCGCUGGAGGAAGAUCUCUGGAAGGCUGCCGAAGGCACUGAGCUGAAGGUCAAGGCUGCCGUGGAGGAGGCCAGGCUCGAGGCCGAGAGGGCUGCUAAGAAAGCCGCCGAGGAGGCAGAGCUUGCCAAGGCCGAGGCCGUCGCCAAAGCCCGAGAGGAAGCUGUUGCCGCAUUCAUGGCCGAGGGCUGGAAAACCGAAGAUAGGCAGCAGUGGGUGGCCUCGGUCGUGGAGUCUUUGGUAGAUGACUGGGUGAAGGGCCUCGGGGGCGACUGGAUGGCGGAGAGGGGAGACAACUAUUACCAGGGGGUGAAUUCUUCACCCAGCAUCUGGUGUACCGGAGGCUCGCCAGGCACUUCCAAGUCUCCCUCGAGGAGUUUGACCCCUCGGCGUAUGACCUUCCUCCGUUGCAGCCAGAUGUGAGAAACCCCCUCCCUCCGGGCGAAGAGAGGCCUGUGAUCCACGACUCCAUGAUGAUGGGGGGAUCUGGUGAUGGUGAUGCCGAGGCUGUCGUCGGGGAGGAGGUCACCUCGAAGCCUGCCGAGGAGGCAAAAGCUGAAUGAAACACUUGUACUUAGUAGCUUUUUGAACACCUUUUUUUGUUUGUAAUGAAUAUUUGUAUGCUCUCGGCCUCAG